GACUGUGAGUCGAGGGUAGAAGAAGAGAGGAGCAGUGUCAUGGAGGCAGGUCUGGCUGCUGGCUGUCCGACGACCUGCUCCCAGCGUUACCUGCCCAAGCUCGCCAGUGUUUCCAUAACCGCGUCCAUCGAUGGAUCGAGCCGCGAUCCUCUCGUGAGCCCUCUGAGCUCGCCACGCUCGGAUCCCACCACGUCAUCCUUCUUCGUGUCAUAGCGAAACGUCUCUCCUCUCCGGACGUCGGAUCUCACAGGAGGAGAAGAAGGAGGAGGCGGAGGAGGAGGAGGAGGAUUAGUGCACUAAGGUACACGAAGAAGAAGAAGAAGAAGAAGAAGAAGAAGCUGCUGCUUGCUGUGCGUGUCUCGCGGGAGAGAAUAUUGUGAAACGGAGCAAGAGUAGUAGGAGGAAUACAAGGGGGAAGGGGGGAGGGAGAAGUGACACGUUGCGAUACGAUCGAUCCAACGGCGAACGUUACGUGCGUUUUCAGCGAGGUAUACACACGCUUCGACACAAUGUGCUCGUGACAGAGGAGAGCGGCUCGCUUGUACACUGGUUGCGCACAUCCUUCAUUCAGAGUUUCCACCAAACGGAAGUACACGAAGAAGAAGGAGGAAGAGUAAUAGGAGUUACGGUACAGUGAGAGAUACAGAGAGGAGAGUGAAGAGGAAACGGAUAAAACGUGGGCGUUGAGUGAUUGUUGUCGGUGCUAGUUUCCAUUGGGAGUCAUGAGAGAUACCAGCGAUAUGAUGGAGGACGCCUUGUCCGAGGACACUAUGAUGGACUGCGAGGGCGACAGAGGAGGCUACGAGGAGCUGGUCGAUCUCGCGACCGACGUCGCUGACUCCUCUUCCACGAUUCGAGAUGCCGCGGAGAGGUUACUGACGUUGCUGGGCGUGGACGAGGACCACGAGGACCUGUUGUCCUCAUCCGAAGACGAGGGAGUAGAGCUAGACGAGCUGGAGGACGAGGAGGAGGAAGAAGAAGACGAGACAGAGAACAACAGAUUACUCCAUCAGCUGGCCGCCUCUUUGGCCAAGGAGUUGAAGCAAUCCCAUCAUCAGAAGCAGACCACGUCGACGAGGCUUUCUACCAGCAGAGAUCAUCAGAUUGCCACGACGGAGACUGGUUACCUGGAACAUAGUUGCCUUCAGGAGCAGAACAUCAAAGGGACAAGCUGUUAUCGCGACAGUCUCGGUGAUAAACGUCACAGACAGGACACGUCACGCUCGUACGGGAAACAGGAUGAUAUUUUCGAGUCGUACCAGCGUUUAGAGGGUCGGCUGUGGAUGGAUCAAGAGGCAGAGGUGGGAAACAGCCGCCGCGAGCAAGUUCCAGGGUCCUGGAACGCCGGGUGGGACGCCUGCGCCACGGAAGCCCUUAGAUAUCUCGUAGAGGACGAAGGUCUGCCGCCUCAUCAUCCCACGGUCCUCGCCAUGAAGGACCAUCUGGAGCUACAAAGGGAACGAACCUUCGCUCAGUACACCGCGUAAACCAUGUCGAUUUUUAUCCACGGAGACGGUAUUUUUUUAACGACGGCCCCCUUUUUGCCUCCGAUCACCUACACGUUUCGAUUCGGGCCGGAGGGUGUUUCCUGUGUCGGAGCUUGCUACGUCGAGGGGUGAAUCAGAGAGCAGAGGAAGUGUUAGCGAAGACGGUCUAGUAGGAUUUUAGGGUGAACUUUUAUCGAGGAACAGGUUUCCAAGUGAUUUUCGACACUUUG